AUUAUUAAAUAAAAGCAAACUCGCGUUACGUAUAUGUGUCAAUAUUUAUAUAUCAUCGCGUAUUUAACACCGUUAUUCGACUAAAGAGAUUACAAUGCAACAUUAAAAUACGCCUAAUUACAAAUUUGGAAACAUUUCAAUUAUCAAUUGAAAUUAUGGACAAAUAUAGAAAAAGGGUAACGUAAAAGGUCAAAAGCUACGAAUUUUCCCAAAGGUCUUUGAUAGAUUUAAAAACAAUUUGGAAUACUUCGAAAAGAGGAUUCGGCGGCGACUGGAAAACUUUCCUAUCGAGUUUUCCACAAGUUAUCCGAAAGAAUUUUCCGUCAGACUUCUUGGGAGUAGUAGAGACGAUGAAAAUUCAAGGGGCAAACCCGAGUCGUCGAAAACACGACGACGACUGAUUAUGAAGUUUAGUCGCACGAGCCGUCAUUUCUCUCGUCACCUCCUGUCGUAUUCUCCCUCCGAGGCCCUUCAUCUUCCUCACCUCCUAACCUUCCUACUAAUAGGACUGACCUUCCUUCGUAGCGUUUUACCGUGCAAUUGCGAAAAAACACAAAAACUUGUAAUAAACGAGGAUGACAAAAUAUUAUAUCCGAGAAAGGACGAAUCCAAUGAAAAAGAACAACAACAACAACAACAACAACAGUGGACAAUUCCAAGAGAAAAUGAUAAAAACGUGUCUAUCGUCGAGGAGAUUUUCAGUAAACCGGAAGUUAAUGAUUCGAUAGAUGAAUUGAUCCGCCGACAAUCCGACGAUAUUUUCAUGAAUGAUCUUUUAUUAAAAGAAAACGAUCUGAGUAGGAGAAGACAGAAAAGAAGGAAGAAAAAUCGUACGAUCGUAGGUACAUCACGAAGGGAAGAUAUUUUAGUGGUAAAUGACACGAAUUCUCUAACGAUUAUUUGUGAUAAUACGACAUUCAUAUGUGAUACGAAAAAAGAUGACGAUACUAAUCCGACGAUACUUAAUGAGACAUCAGUAAAAUGGAUUACUCAAAAUGUUAGUAAAGUUUUGGAGGAAGAUGCACCGUUUCUUGGUUUUGAAGGCUCGCAAAAGUUUCCCGUUAAAGUGACACAUAAACCACCGUUGGUAGUACCGCACCAGGAGAAAUUUGAUCGGCGUCAUUUCGGUCCACCAAAAAUUGACGUUCAAGAACCAACGGAGUCAGCAACGUCGAUGGAACCACCUGAUUUACCCAAAAGUCCAAGUAGAGACGUUCCUUUAAGACGUAAAACGGAAGAGAUCGAAAGUUCCACAAUGAAAGAGGAGGAGGAGGAGGAGGAGGAGGAGGAGGAGGAGGAAAACAUCUUUCAAAUGUCUGAAAUUUCAUCAACGACACCAGACGUAACUUUGAAUGUGGAUAUCGUUUCUACGAUCAAAUCUACGAUAUUCCCUAUUUUGACGUCAACAAGUGCGAUCGAAAAGGAUCCCCCUUCUUCUCCUGCUCCUUCUCUUCGUGAGAACGUUGAACGUGUCGUCGAUAUCGAAGAAACGGUAACGAGGAUAAAAGAGGAAGAUGAUACUGUGACGGAUACUGUGACGGAUACGAGUGUCUUUGAGAAAAUAAAUGUUACGAUCUUGGGACUGUUCGAGAUGACACGAGGACACGAACCAAGAUCCGAAGGACCUGCCGAAUUUCAGGCUGCUAAAUUGGCCGUUGAUCGGAUCAACGAGAUGAACUUUCUGAAAAAAUUUCACCUACGUCUCAUCCACAACGACACUAAGUGCGAUCCUGGCGUAGCCGUGGACAGAUUCUUCCAUGCUCUCUACUCAAGAAGAACUAACAAGCUGAUGCCUCUCCUCCUUGGUACAGCGUGUUCUGAGGUAACUGAAACCUUGGCAAAGAUCGUACCUUACUGGAACGUGAUUCAAGUAUCUUUUGGCUCGACUGCACCUGCACUCUCAGAUUCGACCGAAUUUCCAUUGUUCUUGCGAACUGUUGCUCCGGAUUCCAGUCACAAUUCAGCAAGGAUAGCUUUGAUUAAACAUUAUGGUUGGGAUACGGUAAACGCGCUUUCACAAACUGGAGAUAUGUACUCUCUGGCAAUAAACGAUCUAGUGACGGAAUUGGAGCAAGCCAACAUCUCGUGCAGAGCAACCAUCACCUUUGCUGAAAAUGAUUACAAGGAACAACUGAAAAAUUUAAAAGAACUCGAUACUCGAAUCAUCAUCGGCAGUUUCUCACCAGAACUAGCACCCCAUAUAUUUUGCCAGGCUUGGAAACUUGGUAUGCUCGAUGGGGAUUACGCUUGGAUUCUACCAGGUGACACCAUGAACCAGUUUGAGGGGCCUAACGAUUACAUACCCUCCGGACCUGAGGAAUGUACAACAUCUCAAUUGAUGCAACCUUUAGAUGGGGUGAUCAUAGUUAAAAGUCAUGAUUAUACUCUUAAAGGAGAGGUCAGCUAUUCCGGUUUGACAAGCACAGAAUUUAUAUCGGAACUCGCUAAACGAGGCGUAGCAUCUUCCAAAUUUGCUGCACAAACGUACGAUGCUGUCUGGGCAAUGGCAUUAGCAUUGGAUAAAACUGAGACUGAAUUAAAUGAAAUGAACAUGACCAUGGCUAAAUAUACCCAUCAAAACAAGACUUAUGCUAAAUAUUUGCUCGAACAACUUAAAAUCUUACACUUUAUCGGUGUUUCGGGGCCGGUUUCUUUUGACGGCGCGGAUCGUGUUGGAAUCACCGCCUUCUACCAAAGGCAGGGUCAUCGUAGUAGAAAGAUAGCGAUCUUCACUCCGGAGGAUGGGAAACUAAUAAUGAACUGCCCAGAAUGCGUUGCUACAAGAUGGCCCGGAGGACAUCCGCCUGCAGCUCGUAGGAUUUAUCGGUUAAGAGUGGUUACAGUAGCACCUGCAGCUUUUCUCGCGGUCACUUGCUUGGCAAGCAUCGGAGUUGCCCUGGCAGUUGCAUUUCUCGCAUUUAAUCUUCAUUUUCGAAAACACAAAAGUAUUAAACUAUCGAGUCCCAGACUAAAUAAUAUGGCUGCAGUUGGUUGCUGUCUCGUUUAUGGUGCGGUUAUACUACUUGGACUUGACAAUGCAACACUCCCCAAAAGCCAUGAUUAUUUUCCAUCCGUGUGCACCGCAAGAGUUCUUCUAUUAUCAGCUGGAUUUUCUUUGGCUUUCGGUUCCAUGUUCACGAAAACCUAUAGAGUUCAUAGGAUCUUUACAAGAAGCAGAAGUGGAGUCGUCAAAAAUAAGCUGCUACAGGAUACUCAACUGAUAAGCCUAAUUUGCAUACUGCUCGUGAUCGACGGCCUGGUGGUGACACUCUGGGUGACCUUGGAUCCAAUGCAACGUCAUCUGCGUAACUUAACCAUAGAAAUGAAUUUGCAAGAUCGUGGCAUCAUCUAUCAACCACAGGUGGAGGUAUGUCGUUCACAGCACACUAAUGGCUGGCUGGGUGCACUUUACGUUUAUAAAGGCUUGUUACUCGUAGUCGGUGUCUACAUGGCCUGGGAAACAAGACACGUGAAGAUACCAGCUUUGAACGAUUCGCAGUAUAUUGGCAUGAUCGUUUAUUCGGUAGUGAUAACGUCUGGUAUCGUGGUCGUGUUAGCAAAUUUGAUGUCCGAUCGAGCAACCUUGGCCUUUGUCACGAUCACUGCCCUGAUCCUGGCCUUGACAACGGCAACUUUAGCCUUGCUCUUUCUACCUCAAUUGACAACCAUUCUAGCUGGAGAAAGAGCUGAUCCUGUUGUACAGAGUCUCGGCUUGAAGAUCGAAUGCAACACAAGGAGAUUUGUCACGGACGAUAGAAGAGAGCUACAGUAUCGAGUAGAGGUGCAGAAUCGAGUUUACCGUCGCGAGAUGGCUCAGUUGGAGCUAGAGUUGGCCAGAUUGGAAAAGCAGUUGGCCCAAGAACCGGUCGAACCAUCUCACGCUUCUUCCAGUACUUCGAUUCCACAACGAAAUCCGAGUAUCGGGGGUGGCUUACCGUUAUUGUUACUCAGCGUUCUCCCAUCGGUUAUUCCGAGGGCCAGUUGGCCGUCCGCCGAUCCUUCCGGCAUGCGCCGCGGUACCGUAGCGUUUAGCAGUCAACCGGAUCUGGAACCGGAUGGUCCCAGAAGGAGCCUAGCCGACAUUUACAAACUUCAUCGUCGCAGAGAGACCGAGGGACCAAAUCGUUUGGGCGUUUUCCAACGGCUCUUCAGCCUUUUUGGCAGCCGUCCGAGUAGUAGAAAAACAUCCACGGCAUCGUUCACAGGUGUAGCGUCUGCGCUGAGAGUCCACAUGGGUUAUAUAGCUGGUCUAGUACCAGGUGCUAAAGCCGCAUCAACCUGCCAAAUGGAUGCACAAGGCUCAAGGCAGUCUCAUCCUCGAUGUGGUUCUGGCCCGAUAAUUAGUAUCACUAGUGAGGAAGACCGCAGAUUAAGCUUCGGCUUACGCCGUAAGGAAAGCAGCGAACCGAGAGUGAAUUUUACUUUACCGCCACAAAUUAGCAAUAAUAAUGAAGGUUCGUCGCGAGAAAAAAUUCGUGGUUCGCCUAGAUUUCCUCAUCGAAUAGUCCCAGCAAAUAGUCUAAGUACCAUAACACCUGGACUAUCAGCGAUCAGACCUCAUCGUUGGCACUCGAUGGAAGAUGCGAGGAGAUCUAAAACAACUUCGACGCCUCGUGGUUCCUCCUGCAGUCCUCUCUGCGAUGUUUGGGCAACUCACGAAGUUGGCAUACCUCUCAGCGAAUUGGGUAAAAGUGUGAGGGGUAGAAAACCACCGGAAAGUUUAACAUUAACAAUAAAGGCCGACUCUAAUAUCAGUCCCGACGAUGCCAAAUUGGGAAACGAUUUGAAGAGACUCUUUCGAGAAAGUGACGUUUCUAGUGAUGUCAGUCCAAUUGAAACUGAAUUGUCUUCAACACCGACAAACUUAAAACUCUCUAAUACGAUAAACGACGUAGUCCUGAAAAAUGGCUCUCGUUCUGGUUCCACGACGUUGUUGACCGUUCAACAAGAACAAGAAUAUUGUCAACCUACGAGCCCUAAAAUUCUCAUUGCUAAACAACUACUUGACAACAAGGACAAGGUUCUUCGAGAUCCUUCGUCAAACAACGAUCAAGGAUCUACCACCAUCUAAUCCUCAUCGUUUGUGUUCCUUAGUCAUCGUGCCAAAGGAAAAUAAAUGGGUUACCGGUAAGAGUACGCUCGAUCAAUCGACGUGUUUGAUUUUUGUAUCCGUAUCGCGGAGGGACCAAGCUUCUUCCUUCAUUUUUCUUCAUUUUUCAUUACAACUUCAACUAUCCUAUGCUUCGCUUCUCUGGACUGUAAAAGACGUUAACGACCGUUGUAACAAACGUUGGACGUUGGACGUUGGACGCAAAUUUCUAACUAUAUAUAUCUUCAAAUUCUCGACAACGUUUCCAAUUAUAAAAUCUUACCAAAUGUGUGUCUCUCGAUUAUAAUAAAUAUAAAACAAAUACCUAACAAUAAUAAAAAAGGAAAAGAUAAUAUUUUCUUGCUACAUA